AUGUCAAACCCGACUGGCCUGCCUCUCACCGGAAGGGCGCCGCCUGCCCUCCCAGACCGGAUCAGCACUGUUGACCUCACAAACGAAGAACGGUUCAAUGUUCCAUCAGUCGAGCGACAGAGCUUUUUCAUCACACUCGAGUCAGUUAUUGGGCGACAGGGACUGCCUACCCAGCUAUGGGCGGUGCUUCACAUUUGUGACAUCCGGAAGCUCGAAUGGAUUGUCCAACUUGCGAACCUUUCAGCGAUCUUUUCGGAGGCAUUCCGUAACAUUUCAACUGGUUUUCCCUUCAAUUGGACUUUCCUGCCACCUCUCGACAAGACAACUUUUUCAGAGAUUCCGCCGCCGGCAGACGCUCUCAGCAGCUGGCGCGCAGGCUAUUCCCGGAGGGCAAUCUGGGAUGCCAAACGACGAGAUGGUUCGCACUGCGUCCUGACAGGCAAUAGCAAGAGCUAUGACGCGGUUCCAAUUUUUCCCAGUUUUACUGGAAAGUCGCGCCUUUCGUAUGAUCAGUUGAUCCCCGAUUUUUGGAAGUACGUCGAGGUAUUUUGGGGACAUGCCACCGCCGAACGAUGGGAAAAGGCGGCCUUCAAGAAUCCAAAUAAUCCUGACGCCCCUGUCAAUGAUUGCACAAACAUGAUCUGUCUUCGAAAGGACCUUCGCGCGGCUUGGUUGGAUGCGCUGUUCGCGCUGCGCCCAUACGCACACAAAUCGUUUGAGAACAUUCCGACUACCACACGAGCUCUGUCUUCCGAACGUCUCAUUGGCAUGAACGGGAUGGUUGUGAUGGUGGGAGAAGGGGACCAAAGACGGCCCAUCGAAUCGGGUUACCGAUUCAAGAUGGCGACCCAUAACCCCGAGACUCACCCGCUUCCGAGUUGGGACCUUUUGGACAUCCAGUGGCAUCUGACUCGAAUCGUUGCCAUGUGUUCCGCGGCUCGUUACAAGAACGAUGAUUGCGACUCCGAUGACUCGGACGAGAGCGAGCCCGAAAUGGCUGUUGCGUUGCCUCGCGCAUAUGGAUCGCCUCGCGGAAAUGUGUCCCCUUCCCUCCCGCGCACGUCUUCGUAUGUGUUUGGAAGGCCCCUUUCUCCUGUGGAGGAAGAGGAAGAAUAUGUCGAGGAUCUCGAUUUCGGCAGAGAUUCAACCGGUCCGUUGCCAGGGUCCGAGGCCGAUCAGCCACGCAAUGUUGAUUCGAGUUGA